UAUGUUUAUCUACCAAGGGAAGGAAUCGGAUGAAAGAUCGGAGUUCUGGAAGGUCUCGAACGAAAGGCGCGAAGUUAGUACGAAAGCUGCCUUUUGACUGUUUUGCGGGCAGCUUACUUGUGCUUCAAGAAAGGAAGUUUAUGGCCGAAUUUAGAGUCCUUUUUAGAGUUUGUUUUUACCUUAAUUGUUUCCUUGUUCAUCUAGAUUUGUAUUAGGUUUUAUUUUCCUUUAAAUACCGU